AGGACGGUCACGUGACAUGGCUGCGCGCUUCUCGGCGGUCGGCUGCUUUGGGCUCCGCUGUUUCCGGUCGGAGGGCAUUGAGCGCUGCGCACUGGCGGACAGGGCUAUGUGAGGCGGGCGGCGGGCUGUCGCUGUACCGGAGUCAGAGCUCACGUCACCCGGUAGCGGACUAGGAGCCGUCAGGAUGCCGGGGCUGCAGAUGUUCGGCCGGCGCUGGGCCAUCGCCAGUGAUGACCUGGUGUUCCCCGGAGCCUUUGAGCUGCUGGUGAGGUUUAUCUGGUGGAUUGGGAUGUUGGCCCUCUACUUCGUCCAUAAAGGGCACUUUGAUUGCCCCGGGGGACCCCUCCUGCAGAGCUACUUCAUUGUACUGAUUGCCAUGCUGGGUGCAAUUAUCUGCUCCGUGUCGGCAAUCGUCUAUAUCAGUAUGCAAGGUACAAUCGCCAACCCGGGGCCCAGGAAGUGCAUGCCCAAACUGGUGUACAUCCGCCUGGCCCUCUAUCUGCCAGAAUUCGCGUGGGCCAUUAUGGGGGCAAUCUGGGUGUCGGAUAAUGGGGUUCACUGUGAGAAAACCGUGGUGAAUGUCAUUCUGCUUACUGUUGUCGCUAGUUGGAUCAUCAUGCUGUUCACCACUAUAGCCGUCUUCAUCGUGUUUGAUCCACUGGGACGCAAGAAAGCUUUAUAUUAUGUGAGAGAUGAAGAUCACAACCUGCAGAGCAGCCAGUCCGAGCAGCUGAUGUACAACCUGAAGAAGACUGCUACUAGGGUGUGGGAGACCCGCAUCCGCCUGUUCUGCUGCUGCAUAGGCAACGACAAUGACAACAGGGUGGCUUUCUCCAGCAUCGCACAGCUAUUCAGCAGCUACUUUGCUGACACAGACUUGGUUCCCAGUGAUAUAGCGGCAGGACUGACUCUCCUUCAUCAGGAGCAGGACAAAGUGGAACUCAGCCGGGAUCCGGAUGAAGUGUUGUCCCACUCGUCAUCCCCACCAUCUGAGAGAGACAAUCUGGAUGUGGAGUUGGCGAAGGCGGCUCACUACAUGCAGUUUGCAGCCGCUGCCUACGGUUGGCCCCUCUAUGUGUACAGCAACCCCUUCACCGGACUAUGCAAACUGUGCGGAGAAUGUUGCCAGAACCGGAGGGCCCAGAGUGAUAUUGUGGGCGGUGAUCACCUCAAUUGCCAUUUUGGCUCUAUUCUGCAAACAACAGGACUACAGUAUCGGGAUUUCAUCCACAUCUCCUUUCAUAACCGGAUCUAUGAAAUCCCAUUUUUUGUUGCCCUCGAUCACAAAACAGAAGCCAUCUUGGUAGCUGUAAGAGGAACACUGUCCCUUGAGGAUGUUCUGACCGACCUGUCAGCGGACUGCGAGAAUCUGCACACCGAUUGCGUGGAUGGAGAUAGCUUUUCACAUAAGGGCAUAAGUCAGGCUGCUAGUUACAUCUACAGAAGGCUUAUAAAUGAUGGCAUAUUGAAUCAAGCAUUCACUGUUGCACCGGAAUACAAGCUUGUCAUUGUAGGACAUAGCUUGGGGGCUGGAGCAGCUGCUGUGUUGGCAGUGCAACUUCGAAGUUCUUUUCCUACUCUGAAGUGCUAUGCAUUUUCACCACCAGGGGGCCUUUUCAGCAAAGCUCUUGCUGAUUAUUCAAAGAAUUUUAUCAUCUCGAUAAUAGUCGGGAAGGAUCUUGUGCCAAGACUGAGUUUACCAAACAUGGAAGAUCUGAAGAACCGAAUACUAAGGAUGGUGGUGAACUGUAACCGACCCAAGUACCGGAUCCUGCUGCACGGAUGUUGGUAUGAAAUAUUCGGUGGCAAUCCAGAUAACUUCCCGACAGAACUGGAUGGCCGAAACAUGGCAUCUCUGACACAGCCGCUGUUGGCUGAGCAGGCUUUACUGAUUCAGAAAUCCUCCUCAUACAGCACACUAACAGAGGGCUCCCCCGCUGAUUCUCCUCGACAUCCUCGUCUGUAUCUACCAGGGAAGAUCAUCCAUAUUACAGAAGACAGCAGAUCAGGAUGUCUCUGUUUUUCGGAUGUGAAAUACAGCGCACAGUGGUCGAAAGAGACUUCUUUCAACAGCAUUUACAUCAGCCCCAGAAUGAUCACCGACCACAUGCCGGACAUUGUACAGAACGCUCUGAGGAGCCUGUGUCCGGAGCGCGCCGGCUGUAUGCCCUGUCAGACUCCACCGCACGACUUGCCUACCAAUUAGGUCUAAGCCAUUGCAAGCAGUGCACCUUCUCACCUGUGUGGAUAUGGGGGGGACAAGCGAAGCAGUCUUACUAAUAACACAGUAACCCUCCCUCUACUACAGGACGAUGACGCCGCGGCUGAGAAACGAUCCUGGUGACAAGAAACGCACACAUGUUUGGUUGCCUUUUGCACUAGCCUUUUUUGUUUCUUUGGAUGAGUUUAAUAUUUUAAGUUAAAAGUUUUGUGAAAGGGAUGGAACAAGCAAAGCAAAAAUUCUGCACUGCUUAAAGGGGUUGUCCGGGAUUGACAUAUUAAGGACCGAUUCUCAGGAUAGGUCAUCAAUAUAAGAUCAACGGGGGUCCAGCUCUUAGGCACCCCGCUGAUCAGCUGUACGAAGAGAUCCCAGCUGUCCAUAAGCCCUUCUGCCACCGCCUCUAGGCCAUGUGAUGUGUCGUUCAUUGGUUACACGGCCUAGUCGCAGUUCAGCCCCAUUCAAGUAAUUCCCUUCCAUUUUCAAGAUCUCUGCUUGCUGACAGUGAGAAGAUUGUUGUUUACAUACAGACCUAGUCCUGCUGUUGCAUCCAUGUAUCAGUUUGGUGGUCGGGCUGUUUAGCUUAUUGUCUAGACUGUAUCCAACUGUAUCAGGGGAAAGAAGGACUAGCUGUGUAUGGGUUUGAAGCCACUAAAUGUAAGCCAGAAUACCUUUAAAGGGGUUGUUCACCCCUGGGGACCCCCCUCCCCCCAAUGUCGCCAGACCCCCAUUGGGAAUCAUGCUGAUCUGGUUCCUGCUGCUGGGUUCCGGCUCCUUUGCUCCACCGCAGCUCCUAGGUCUCCUCGUGUCAAGAUCCGGUUUUGCGUAGGUCACGUGGCCGCUGCACGUCCACCACGGCAACAUGUCACCCAUCCAUUACAUGACCCAGUGACAUGACGCAUGGGUAAACACUUCACGGUAGUGGCCACACAACCGGUGUCUACAUCUGGUUUGACCCAGGAGCUGCGGCAGGGAUCAGGUAAGUAUGAUUCCCAUAACAGGUCCGGCCACGCUGAGGAUGGGGGGGGGUCUGCAUAAAAGCUCUCAAGGGGUGAACAGCCCCUUUAACUUGUUUGACCGCAAGCAGUGAUUGUGACAUUGGUAAGGAAACACAAUGUUUGUUAGAAGGUAGAUAAAAAAAAAAAAAGCCAGACCCUUUGUGCAGACAGUCGGGUGGGCUGUCCAUGUCCGCCAUGCAGAUUAUUGCGUGUUCUUGUGUUAUGCCUUUGUGUGUGUAUGUGUAAUAUUAUAUGUGAAUGCGCCGAUGUGUGUAAUGAAAUAAUGAGCCUGUUGCAGUUCUGAGAGCAGGUGCACGUUUGCAAGGUGUUGUCCUGUAGCAACCAGUUUACCAUUUUUCCAAGCACCAACAUGAAAUGUCAGCACAAUUCUUCCAGAACCGUAUUACUUUUGCAGCUGUUUUUUAAAUUGUCUCAUGAAUGCUGUCUUAAAGGAAUUCUUCAGGACACUA